CCUGGCCUGCAUGCUACACUACACGCUACACGUCUCCACGCUCUCUCGCGAGGAGCCGUGUCCACUAUAGCCCACCAGACCAAACAACUCCCGCGCCACUCCAUCUCCCCCAGCGCGACCUUCUGCCGCCAGCUGAAACGCGCGCGCACUGACGGUCCGCCCCAACCCACGGCUCAUCAGGUAGCACGUCAAAUCUACCACACGUCCCCGAAACCAUCUCCAAUACACGCCUACACACUUAGCACAAGACAUAACCUCGCGCUACCCUACGCUAGCACAUCCCCUGGAUCCUGCCCUACUCUGCUGCAAUUCCCGAGCCCCGGAGCAUGUAUACAUCAAAUACUGUGCCUCUGCCGCCGUCUGAGCCAUGAGCCCUCCUCACACCCACCCAGACGCCUUCCACGUCCCCAUUGCUUCCGCCUCCCAGCUGCUGCCAGCCACCAACCUGGACAAGAUACAAGUAGCAGCCGCCGCCGCCGCCGACCACGACAAACUCGACGACACCAACACCAUCCGACCUCAUCCCACCAUGGGCAAGACUGUGUGCAACGCUUCGCCCGAAGCUCGACGUCCCACCACGCCUCGCUCCCAGAUCGACCCCUCUGCCGCCUCUUUCGACAUGCUUCCUACACAUACUCCUCGCUCCCGCAACCGCUCUCCCUACUCCCGUUCUCACCUCCGCUCGCACAGUGGCUCCAGUCCUCUGCUGGCACCGCCCAUGAUGCGAGCACACUCUCUCCCAACCGCCAUAGGUGCAUCGGGCUACCUGGCUUUGUCUCCUUCACCAGUUCCUGGACGUCCAUCAUCCCCGCUUCGCUCUCCCAAGCGUACGCGAAGCCCACGGAGCCAACCGGCAAGCUACGAGGAUUCGUGCGCGCAUUCUGGCGCGCCCAGCGUGUGCGAUAUCUCCGAGGAUGCCGAAUUGAAGUUGGUGCCACAAGCAGGACCACUCCAACCAUCACCCCUCUCCGGUCUGUACAGCAGCACUGGAUCCUUGUCGAGAAGGAGAAGGCCAGCUUCACCGCUUCACCAGGUCGCUUUUGGUGGGCCUCUCAGCACUCCUGCAGUUCGAACGCCAACUUCGGGCUCGUCGUCCCCUUCCCUAUCCUCUGCCAAGUUCAACGAGCCUUUCCCCAGCCUGGGCUCCCACUACUCAUCCUCUCUCACAUCUUCCUCGUCGAUUCCCUCUACCCCAACCUCGAUGCGAUCCCGGAGCCCUUCCAUCUCUUCGCUCGAGACCAUCCCUGACAGUCCAGACGCUGAAAUCGAGGCAAUCGAGACGGAUCGAAUUGCCAAAUUGAAAGCGGCGGCCGACAGGGAGAGCGAGGUCGCCGAAGGCGUCAGGCGUUCAAGUCUAGAUGUGUCUGGCGGCAGCGGACGCACGUUUGGUUUUGGCAAGCGCGAUGCUAGAAAAAGGUGGAGUGUGUGUGGAGCCGAAAGGCGCCAGGACCUCGACCUGGAAACCAUCUGGGAAGAUUGAACGGCAGGGUCUCGCCUGUCCUGUAUUAUGCAUUGUUUUUCUCUUUUACUCGGACAUCCGGGUUUGCAGCAUAUCUCGGCGUUUGUGAAAAUCAUUUCCGGCUUUGAUCCGGUAUCGGUCUGACGGAAGGCCUUUGUUUCUUCUUCUUCUGCUACUAUGCUUUCUGUUUUUUACACGGCACCCACUCACACAGAACGAGUGAGGCGAGAUUGCACACUGGGCUUUUUCUACCCUUUUCUAUGGCCAAACGGCAUUCGGUGCAAUGGCAUUUUGAUGAAUACGCCUUAUUCACAGGCAAAGAUACCCUCCAAAGCAAGGAGAAUGGUGCCUCGGUAGCACCACUACAC